UUCGGUUGCCGUUAGGGUUCCCAAGAAUUCGCCCGGCGGACUCGGAAUCGGUCGCCGGUGGACCCGGCAGCUCCUCUAAGCGGAACUCUCCUCCUCUCUACCCAAUCUGCAACCUCACCUUCCCCGUCUCCAAUCUUCUCCUUGUCCAGCUCGAUUCCGUCGCGGUUCACCUCGUCUCCAACUCCGACAGGCGCCAGCGCGUUCCUCUGCUCGUUCCGCCGCCGGGGCACCUCGGGCGGCCGCCCGACCUCGCCUCAGUGGUGGAUCCGCUCCCGGUGAUCUAUAGCUUGUUCCGUGCGGCAAUGUUUUGGCCUUCACCUUGUACUUUCCAGACAGGUGCUGUAGUGAUUUCAUAAAGUUCUAGCCUUGUCUUCUACACUGAAUAUGUGGACCAACAUUUUCAAAAUAGGGGAGCUCCAAACGGUUUCAUGGUUUCAGUUUCUUCCUGUCGAACAAGAUUCAUGUACAAAUUCUGAGAGAAGUUCAAAGGCUGAGCAGAGAGAUGCUCUCAAUAACAUUGUGCUGUCGGCAUAUCUUCACUUACAGAGUGAAGGUUUCUUAAGUACUUGGACGAAUUCCUUUGUUGGUCCAUGGGAUCCAUCUCAAGGAGAGCAUAACCCUGAUGAGAAGGUCAAGCUCUGGUUGUUUCUUCCUGGCCGUCAUUCAUUGGUAUCUGAAAUGGCCCAACCUGCUGUAAACAAAUUAAGAGUUGUGUCAAAUGGUUUAUGGGUAGCCCCAGGCAACUCGGAAGAGAUUGCAGCUGCACUAUCUCAGGCCUUAAGAAAUUCUUUGGAAAGAUCACUAAAAGGGCUUUCCUAUGCGAGAUUCGGUGACGUUUUUACAAAAUACAACCCCCCUGCAAGAAAUCAAAACAGCUUUAAGCGAGCACAGCCUACAGUCGAGUUUGUCUUUGCUGCCACCGAGGAAGCAAUAUUUGUGCAUGUUGUAAUAUCUGCUAGGUAUAUGCGGAACCUUUGUAGUGAUGAUAUAGAGAAAGUUCUCACGCAUUCUCCCUGCUCUGUUGGUGAAGGUCUUCCAGUUGUUGUUGCUCCCAGUGGAAUGCUGGGUAGGCUUGUUGGCUGUUGUCCGAGUGAUCUUGUGAGACAAGUAUACUCGAGCAAAUCAUCGGCACCUAAUUUACCAGGUUUUAGUCAACCUACCAUAUGUCAGCUCAGAGGCCAAAGUUACUAUGUUGAAGUUGCUCUUGGCUUUCCAGCUGCUUCAGCUGACAGAGUUUCUGAAUCGGAAAAUAAUCAGAUAAAAAAGGAAUUGGAUUCAGUGAAGGACCCUCAGUUGGGUGCUGAUGGACAAAGAAAGCUAGAAUCAUCUGAUAGCCUUCCAGUUCUUGAAAGGACAUUUGUUUACCCACCUGAGGCUGUUUUGGUUCCUAUGGUCCAUCAAGCAUUUGUUCGCUUCUCUAGUAAAAGAAUGUGGUUACAGGGUUGGUUGGGAAGUUCAUCAUGGGAGGCAUGGCCGUUCUGGAAUUUUUCUCCAUCGUCUUACUUUCAGAACAGCUCUUUCCCCGGAUCUUCUCGUGGGCUUGGAGUGAAUUCUAAUUUUCUGAGACUAAGAAGACAAAAAAACAACAAGUGCAACAGCAUGGCAAGUAGUAUUAGUAGUGUCAGUAGCACUUCCAAUGGAAGUGAUCGUGCAGUUGCUGCUGAAGGUGAUCUUUUAGCUGAUGCUGACUCUAUGGCAUGCCGUCAGUCUGAUAUGCCAUCCAACAAUGAUAAUGCCGGUAGCAAGAUGGUGUCCAAGCGGUCUCGUUCUGAAAUGAUAGAAGUUUCUUCCCAUGCCGGCAAAGAAGUUUGUGAAAAUAUACAAGGUGCAAAUGGUCAGGGUGGACGCCCUUGGGGCUGGGAUGAAGAGGGUGUUGUGAUGGACAUCAAUAUACUUCUCUCAGAGUUUGGAGAUUUCAGUGACUUCUUUCGAGAGGAUGAGUUAGAUUUUGGUGAGCCUCCAGGUACUGCCGAAUCACAUGCUCUAGUAAUCCCUGUUUCCAACUGUGGAGAUGUCACAUUCACAGAAAGUCCAUCCACAGCUAUGGAUAUCCCUGAACAAAGACUUUCUCCAGUUGGUUUCACAUCUUUGGACGCAUUUGACCACCAAAUUAUGGCACCUGCUCAGGAUGUUGUUUCUAAAGUUCAGGAACCUCAGAAAGAUAUCACAACACCUGCACGGUCUCAAUCCUUGGUGUUAUCGUCUGGUAGAUUUGAUUAUCUUACCAAAGCUGAAGCAAUGCUCACAUUUGCACCAGAAUAUGCUGCUGUUAAAAUUCCUGUUGGUGAGGCGGCAACAUCAUUGUUUACAAAUCCUUACUUGCCCGUAUCAAAGAAACCAGGGAGUUCUAGUUUUAGCUCAAGAGUUUAUUCGUAUGAUGUUACACAAAGUUCUCAAAUUGAGUCUGCAGGAGACAAGCCUGAGAAGCCUGUUAAACUAACUUCUGGUAACCUUUCGCAUGAUGUUGGUUCGUCAAACUUAUACACACUUGUCCAAGGUGGGAAGAAAGAGAGUGACAAGACCUUAAAUAGUGCCGAUGCACAGUCAUGUAAGGCAGAAACAUCACCACCUAUCUCUGGUGUGACUUCAUUUAGUUCUUCUCUGGUUUCACAAAAGAAGAGUGACAACAUGUUUAAUGCUGGGUAUUUUCUGCUAUCUAUGAAGACUGCUCUUGCAACUGAAAUUGAAUGCAUCACGUUCCAGGCCGCCAUGUGCAGAAUAAGGCAUACACUAUUGUCUUUGAGAAGCAAAGCAUCCGCUGAACUCAAAAGUGCCUUGUCCAGUUUUAUGCAGACAGAGAUCAGCAACAAGUCAGAUCUCACCCCCAAGUAUGACAUAAGAAAGAAAGAAAUUAUGCCAGUUAGGUUAUCUAGUGAUGUUGAUCAUGAAAUGUACGAUAGAUCGUUAAUGGAAAAUGUGGGAGUUUGGAGGCCAGUUGGGGCUCCUAAAGGGGCAAAACCUCUUGAGCCUUUGUCUGCUAAAACAUUUACCGGUGCAAGCCCAAGUCUGUCUACACAAAGACAACCUGUUGUGGAUCUUCUCAGUGCCAUGGCUCUGUUAGUUCAACAGUCUACUUCAUUUGUUGAUAUUUCACUUGAUAUGGAUGACGGGGAUGGUUCUUUUUUCUGGCUUUCCUUGGAUGAGCAGAAGAGACGUGGAUUCUCUUGUGAUCCUUCAAUGGUUCAUGCUGGCUGUGGUGGUCUGUUAGGAACAUGCCAUUCGAAGGAUUGCGCUGGUGUUGAUUUAGUUGAUCCACUUUCUGCUGAGGUUUCAGAGUCAUCCAUGAUUAGCUUAUUGCAGUCAGAUAUAAGAGCAGCUCUUAAAAGUGCCUUUCCAAACAUGGAUGGCCCAUUAUCAGUGAUUGAUUGGUGCAGGGGUCGAGGCAAUGCAGCUGAGUCUGCAGCUAUGGGAGAUGCAUACUCUUUUCAGUACUCCACCGGUGAUAUUCGAGACCCACUAAGCACUAUAUCCAUCGGUGGAGAUUCAAUGAGCCCACCCCAGCCUAGCAGUAGCAACCGAGGCACCUCAGAGAUGGAGCAUCAAAAGGGAUAUCACCGUGUCAGACCAACCAUUGCUGUCCUCCCUUCACCUUCUCUGCUUGUCGGAUACCAGGACGAUUGGUUAAAGGCCUCGGCGAAUUGUUUUAAAACGUGGGAGAAGGCUCCUUUUGAACCUUAUGCUUCGCCCAAGCCUGUUACUUACUAUGCACUGUGCCCCGAUAUUGAUAUGCUUACUUCAGCAGCCACUGAUUUUUUCCUGCAGCUUGGAACAAUUUAUGAGGUUUGCAAACUGGGAACUCAUUUGCCACAAAACAGUGGAGGACAAAUGGAACUAUCCCCUGGAAAAUAUUUGCCUUCAGGACUUGUUCUUGUUGAGUGUCCUGAUCAAGUCAAGGUUGGAAGCAGCCACUUAAGUUCCAUCAGUUCAAUAAGUGGCUAUCUUCAAGCUCUUUCAAAAAAUUGGAGCGUGAAAAGCUUUGUAACAUCUGUGGCAAGGAUAGUUAAGGAUAUAAAGCUUUCUCCAAACAUUUCUACAAAUCAGAAAGAGAGCAGUAGUGGACCUUGCACUGUAAUUUAUGUAGUCUGCCCAUUUCCAGAACCCUCUGCAGUCCUACAGACACUGGUAGAAUGUUCUGUUGCUCUUGGGUAUGUUAUUUUAUCCCCAGAGAGGGAAAGGAAAUUAUUCCUAUAUUCUCAGGUUGCCAAAGCCCUAAACUGCAGUGCUUCUACAGAUGAAGCAUCGGCAUCAAAUGUUGUAAUGCUAUCUGGGUUCAGUAUACCUAAGCUUGUCUUGCAGAUUGUCACUGUCGAAACUUUGCUGAGGCUCCAUAAGCCAAACAAUGAGCUUGCUGUUUUGAAGGACAUAGCAUUCACAGUGUACAACAAGGCUCGACGAAUCCCACGGACCAUUUCCACAAGUGACAUGUUUCAGUCACCUACUUAUAUGGGCAGAUCUCAGUCCACAAUGAUGCAUGUUACAUCUACUGGUCCUACCCUUUGGAAAGAAUGCUUAGUUCCUCGGAUGUCUGGACCAGCUCUUUCAAGAGAAACAGAUUUUGAUGCAUCCAUGAGGUCGGUAACAUGGGAUAACUCAUGGCAACCUGCUCGUGCUGGAGGAUUGCUGGACCCAAGUAAGAUCCCUGAUUUAUGUGCUCAAGAUGAUAGGAAGUAUGCUUUUGAGCCACUUUUCAUACUAGCGGAGCCUGGGUCUGUUGAUCAUAAUGCUUUAAUGGAAUCCUCAAAAUCCGGAGCGGAUGCAAGUGGCAGCGUGGUUUAUAGCUCAAUUUCAGGAGGCGGCUCUGAUAGUGGAGUGAACCCUCUACUCGAAGGAUCUGAUAGUGACAAUGCAGCAAGUCUUCAUUGCUGUUAUGGUUGGACUGAGGACUGGCGAUGGUUAGUAUGCAUCUGGACAGAUUCUAGAGGAGAGUUAUUGGAUAGCUUAAUAUUUCCUUUUGGUGGUAUUAGUAGCCGGCAAGACACCAAAGUUCUUCAAAGCCUUUUCAUCCAAAUUCUGCAGCAGGGCUGUCAAAUAAUGUCGUCUUCACCUGAGGCGAGCAAUAUGAAACCAAGAGAUGUAAUCAUAACCCGUACUGGAGGUUUCCUUGAACUUGAAAUCCAAGAAUGGCAAAAGGCUAUAUACUCUUUUGGUGGUAAUGAAGUCAAGAAGUGGCCUUUGCAGUUACGCCGGUCUAUACCUGAGGGUAUUCCAUCUAAUUCUAAUGGGCCAACACACCAGCAGCAAGAUAUGACCUUAAUUCAAGAUAGAAACAUGCCUUCCUCGCCAAGCCCAUUGUAUAGCCCUCAUUCAAAAUCUAGCUUCAUGAAAGGUGCACUUGGGCAGUCAGGCAACAAAAAGCAGAUCUUAGUGGAACAAACUGGAAUGGACAGUUCAAGGGGUUCAUUGCACUUGGUUCGCAGCAUCAGUUUGGUUGCAGUUUCCCAAGAUCAUUCAUUGAAUCUUACAUGCCAGGCUGAUCUGUUGACCAGAUCUACUUCUGGUGAAGGGAAUCAAGGUAGCAGUGGCCCUUCAAGUUACUUGGAAGGGUUCACUCCUGUGAAGUCCAUUGGGUCAAUGCCAGCAUCAAACUCAUAUCUUCUAGUUCCUUCACCAAGUAUGAGAUACCUUUCUCCUGCGACAUUACAGCUCCCAACAUGCCUUACAUCAGAAUCUCCACCCCUUGCCCAUCUAUUGCACAGCAAAGGGACUGCUAUUCCCUUGGCAAUGGGCUAUGUUGUCUCCAAAGCUGUCCCACCUGUAAGAAGGGACUCUGCACAAAUCACCAAAGAGGACAGGCCAUCCGUCCUCUCCGUUAGCAUCAUUGAUCACUAUGGAGGCAGCAUUGCCACUGUUCAAGAAAAUAUGAGCCGAGGGGCUGGCGGCAGUAACACGAGCAAGCAGGCAAGGAACUUCACUCAGGAAACAGCGACUCGAGACUACGAGAUGGAGAUGCAUAAUGUGUUGGAAGUUGUGGCCGCUGAGCUUCACUCCCUUUCGUGGAUGACAGUAAGCCCGGUCUACAUGGAAAGACGCACUGCCCUGCCCUUCCACUGUGAUAUGGUCUUGAGGUUGAGGCGGCUCCUCCACUAUGCUGAUCGACAUCUCUCUCAACCAGCAGAGAAGGGAGAUGUGGCUUAGAGGGCCAGCUGAUUGACAUGUAGUUCUUACACAGGAAAAUCAGGGCUAUAUGGUGCUCAAAAUUCAGUUUGUGUACCUAUCUAGGUAAGUAGGUGGGUGAGGUCACAUUAACGAGCUCUCUAGCCCGAUUUUGCCUUGAUAGUGAGUGAAAACUCUAAUUUGUUGGGUUGAGGAUGUAAUUAAGUGCGCAUCAAUACGCCGUUACCUCUCCCUUGAUUAAUCGUAAUAUUGUAGUAACAUAUUUUUUAAUUUUAUAGCUUGUGUCAUUGGUGGGUUGAGCUAUUUGUUUUGGAACCUUCACCUCA